AAAUCCCAUCUAAAAAUCAAUUCAAAAUGUCUACUCCCGUCGUAUUUGUGUCUGGAUUCACCAGCUACAUUGCUUUACACAUUGUCAAGAAGUUAUUGGCAAGAAAAUACAAAGUCAUUGGCUCCGGAAGAUCCCAGUCAAAAUCCCAACACUACGCCGAUAUCAUCAACGACCCUAACUUUUCGUUUGUGGUUGUUGCCCAGUUGGAUGCCGAUGAUGGUUUUGACGAAGUAUUCAAGCAACACCAGGAUAUCACCUAUGUGUUGCAUGUUGCUUCACCCCUCAUCUUGGAUCCCAAAGAUCCCGAGAAGGAGCUCUUGCUCCCAGCUGUCCAUGGUACCACCAACAUCAUGAGAGCUGCACAAAAGUAUGGGCCUAACGUCAAGAGAGUAGUCAUCACCUGUUCCUACGCCGCUCACUGUUCUCCAUUAGACCACUACGGUAAACCGGACAGUAUUAUUACCGAGGAACUGUGGAGCACCAUUACCUAUGAACAAUCUUUGCAGCCACAAAACGCUUACUGGGGGUCCAAGAAGUUGGCAGAAGAAGCGGCUUGGAAGUAUGUUAAAGAAAAUCUGCCAAAGUAUGAGGUAACUUCGUUUGCUCCUCUCUGGUGUUUUGGACCUCAGGCUUAUGAGGCCAUUGCCAAGGAAAGUGUUCCUUCGACCUUAUCCCUUGUCGGGCAUGUGUUGAAGAAGGAUAACUCUCUUGCACAGGCCCUCCUUGGAUCUUUCAGCGAUGUGAGAGAUGUUGCUGAAGGUCAUGUUUUGACUAUUGAAUCCAAAGAGGCAGCUGGCAAAAGAUUGAUGUUGGCCAACGGGAGGUUUGAGCACUGCCAUAUAGUGGACUUGAUCCGGAAAAACUUCCCCCAGCUUGGGAUUCCCGAGGUGGAGGUGAUUCCAUACGACAAGGUUGGGGCUCCGACAGUAGACUGUGAAGCCACCAAGAAGUUAUUGAAGUUGGAUAACUUGAUCUCAUUGGAGCAGAGUUUGGUUGAUUCGGUCAACCAGUUUUUAGAAACCGGUGUGUACUAGCUCCUGAUAUAGAUAAAUGAACACAAGAUAGU